GACAGGCUUUGAUGAGUGAGGAGAUGAGUUACUCACUGCAGUAUUCCCAGCUUCUGACCUGCUCUUGUAGCCACUGUGUUUAUGUGGUGAGUCCAGUUGAGUUUCUGGUCAAUGGUAACCCCCAGGAUGUUGAUAGUGGGGAAUCAGUGAUGGUAACACCAUUGAAUGUCAAUAGGUGGCGAUUAGAUUGUCUCUUAGUGGUGAUGGUCAUAGCCUGGCAUUUGUGUACUGCAAAUGUCACUUGUCAGCCCCCAGCCUGGAUAUUGCCCAGAUCUUGUUGCAUGUGAACAUGGACUGCUUCAGUGCCUGAGGAGUCACGAAUGGUGCUGAACAUUGUGCUAACAUUGGCGAACAUCCCCGUUUCUGACCUUAUGAUGAAGGAAGGGUCAUAGAUGAAGAAGCUGAAGAUGGUUGGGCCUAAAACACUCCCCUGAGGAACUCCGGCAGAGAUGUCCUGGAGCUGGAUGACUGACCUCCCAUAACCACAACCAUCUUUCUAUGUGUCAGAAGCGUCUCCCUGGUGUUAAAAUGAAGUACCUAUUCUUGCUGUGGUUGGGACUCCUGCUGGGAAGUUGGGGACUGUACGUGCACUACUCGUCCUACUCAGAAUUGUGCCGAGGUCACAUCUGUCAGAUGAUAAUUAGUUUAAUUUUAUCCCCCCAGUGUGAUCGUUAUAAGAAAGGGAUCAUUUCUGGGUCUGCCUGCAAGGACUUGUGUGAGGAAAAAACGCUGUUGUUCCAACAAUGCCUGUCAUCGAGCCCAAUGCAUCAGGUUUAUGGUGGAAUCUGGAGAAAUAAGGAGGUUAUUAUUAAGUGUGGGAUAGAAGAAGCCUUCAGAAUGGAUCUCAAUCCUGAGACAUUACCUCGGAAGGACCUUAUAUUGUUUGACAAACCAACCAGAGGGACCUCAAUGGAUGAAUUCAAGGAGAUGUUGUUGACAUUCUUGAAGUCUAGUCUUGGAGAUCAGCAAUCACUUGGAAAUCUUGUCAACAGAAUAAUCAGCAUGGCAGAUAUCAACCAGGACAACAAGGUUUCCUUAGCUGAAGCAAAAUCCAUUUGGGCCUUACUUCAGCUCAAUGAGUUUUUACUGAUUGUUUCUCUGCAUGAAAAGGAACAUACAGCGCAGUUGCUGGGCUACUGUGGAGACCUGUAUGUUACCGAGAAGAUCCUAUACCACUCACUUUACAGCCUCAAGCUGCCACGUUUCCUUGACGUAGCUUUGCCCUCAUUAGUACAGAAGAGCCUGAACCAAUGGUUUGCUCCAGCAUGGCCACAGAGAGCAGAAAUUACCAUUGGUCUCUUGGAAUUUGUGGAGGAAAUUUUUCAUGGCACAUAUGGCAGCUUUUACAUUUGUGACACGGACCCAGGUAAUAUUGGCUACAAUGACAAGUAUGAUUUUAAAAUGGUGAACUUAAGGAUGGUGGUGACAGAAAUGACGCUUAAAGGAUUCUAUAAAGGACGCCAUUGUGAGCAUAACAUUGACUGCACACACGGGAAAGAUUGUACAGCAACCUGUGACAAACUAGUGAAGCAAUGCAAUACCGAACUGAUACAACCAAAUCUGGCCAAGAUUUGUGGCUUACUACAGGAGUACCUGUUAUAUGGGGCACCCAAUGAUUUCAGAGAUGAAUUACAGAAACACCUCCAGAUCUGUACAAGACUGAAUGGGUUGGCAAGGCAGAUGGAGGUUCAUCAUUCUUUGCUAUUAAACAACAUCAAAACCCUGCUUUGGAAAAAGAUUUCAAACUCUAAAUAUUCAUAAAGGAUCAGAGACCUUCUAAACAUCAUUGCAUUAUAUCUGGAGAUUGUGUCUAAUGUAACUUAUAUAUUGUAUCUACUGUGUCAACAACCUGAAGUGAAAUUCUGGGCAAGCAGUUGUAGGGCUAGUGAAUCAAUUUAUAAUAACCUGUCAAUGCCAUGUCAAACUGUAAGCCCGAGCUGCAAACAUAAUUAAAGGUGAA